AAAAAAAAAUCCGAAGCAGGAAAAGCAGCUCGAUGUGUCUGUCUAUCAGUUGAGACUGUCUGAAAGCUCUGGGAUCUGAAUGUGGGCUAUAUUUCAGUGAAAAGAGAAGAGAAGGGAGAGUGGAUCUCUUUUCUCUCCCAGGAGUUGAAAAGGGGGGAGAGUUCACGUUCAUCUCCCACCCGUGACUGCCUCGCUAUCUUUCACACACACAAUCCGCGCGCGUGGGGGUGGGGUUAGGGUCCGAUCUAAGUGUGUGUUUUUUGUUUGUUUCUUUCCUGUUCCAGAUCAACUUUACCAAAAUAAUAACCCACGUUUCUAGCCUCAAGAAGAAGCGGCGGUCUUUGGGAGGAAAAGAGAGAGAGGCAGAAAAGUAGCCACUGUUUUGACUCUUUUGAAAGGAGGAGGAGGAGGAAGAGGAGUGACUGACAUUUCCCAUCCGGUGUGAUCUGUAUGUAUGGAGGCUUUACUCUUUUAAAAAAAAGAUUGGGUUUUUUUUGGUGGCUCAGAUGAAAUGAUGGGAGGAGAAGGAGAAGGAAGACGAGGAUCGACCUCGUUCGCUGCACAAUGAGAAAGAGACGACCGGCGCAAUAAAAACCGCCAGCAGCUUUUCGCUCUCUCGUUUUGUCAUCCUCUUUUUAAAAACCCAAACACACCACCCAAACCAAGCCGGGAAAGUUGCGCUUGGAGAGACUUUGAUCUUGGAGGGGGAAAGGCGAGUAAAGAAGGGGGGGGGCUUUGAAGAAGAAGGAAGCGCGUCUGAAUCCUCUCCGGCCGUUGGCUCCCUUCGCCUCCAAGAAGACGCAGGAGAGAGAGAGAGAGAGAGAAGUCCUUAAGGAAGAAGGGUGGAGGGAAGAGAAGAAGAAGAAGCAGGGAAGGAAGAAAGAGGGAAGGAGAAGAAGACAGAAGAAGACGAGGUCCCAAAGGCGACGGAUUUGGAGCGGCCAGCCUCUCCACCUGGUCCAUCUCUUCUAUAGCAGCCAACCCACAGCUUUGUUUUGGCCAGGAACUUUUUGUUCUUCUUUGAAGAAGAAAAUUAAAAAAGCCACCGAUAUAAGAAGAAGGAGAGGCAACACGGACGCGUGCUCGUGCGUGUGUUUUGGCUGUGGCUGUUGUUAUUAUUAUUAUUUUUUUCUAAAGGGAGCAUCGGAAGGUCAAGAGACCAGUCUCGUCAAUGAAAACAUUGCCUGAGCGAGUUGGUGGCGGAGCGGCGGAGGCUUCGACCCCUGGCCUCGCCGUGCCCAAGCGGGGGGUCCCCUCGUCCCCGCCUCGCGGCCCUCUGCUCGCCCCCGGCCCCUUCUCGGCCUCCGAGGAGCCCACCCGGGACAACAGCACCAGCUUCCGGGAGCAGAGCCCGGCAAACUUUGGGCCCCCGCCUCGCUUUGGACCCGGGGCGCAAGGAGAAGUUGAAGCAGGAGAGCCACGGCUUGGGGCUGGUUGCGCGCCUCGCUCCUGAUCCCCCCCCCCUUCAGUCUCUCAGUGCCGUGUGUGUGUGUUCCUGCAUGAAAAGAGUGGGGAUUGGAAGAGUCCUGUGCGGAAACUCUCCAGCGGCGGCGGAGGAGGAGGGAGGAGGAGGAGGAGGGCGGCUGAAGAGACGGCGGCAACACCAGCAUGCCGAGGAGAAAGCAGCAAGCUCCCCGGCGCUCUGCAGGUGAUACAGAAAUAACGAUCCCUUUUAUUAAAAUGGUGGAAUUCCAAGGGAAGGAAAGAAAGAGAAAGCCCUGCAGUAUAGUGCUUAUGUUCCUGAGGAAGAACUGAAAGCAGCAGAAAUUGAUGAAGACAACGUGGAGGAUGAUGGGUUACCCCUGGACAUCCAGGAAACAGAGUACAUGUGCAAUGAUGAAACAGAGAUCAAAGAGGCUCAGAGUUACCAGAACUCCCCUGUCAGCACAGCAACAAACCAAGAUGCAGGUUACGGCUCACCAUUUAGUGAAAACAGUGAUCAACUGGCUCUUUUCAAAAGCACUUCCUCCAAAGAAGAGAAGGAAGAUCAGUGCUCGGACAAUGCUUCCUACCCACAGGACAGCUUGUCACAAAUAAAAGCUGUAUAUGCAAAUUUAUUAUCAGAGUCUUGCUGGUCCAGUUUAGCCUUGGAUUUAAAGAAAUCUAAGAGUAAUGAAAACAGUCAAAAGGAAAAUACCACUAACAGCAACAGCCCUAGUAACAACACCCCAAGUACAUGCACCAAUACCAACACUAGUACCACUACAAGUAUCAGUAGUACUAGCAGCAGUAACAGCGGUGGCUCAGGUUAUGACUGGCAUCAAGCAGCAUUGGCCAAAACUCUGCAGCAGACCUCAUACGGACUUCUCCCAGAACCUAGUCUAUUCAGCACAGUACAGCUUUAUCGGCAAAACAAUAAACUGUAUGGUUCUGUGUUUACUGGUGCCAGUAAGUUUCGGUGCAAAGACUGCAGUGGGGCAUAUGACACACUGGUGGAGCUCACAGUGCACAUGAAUGAAACUGGACAUUACAGAGAUGACAACCGAGAUAAAGACGCUGAAAAAACCAAACGGUGGUCAAAACCCAGAAAACGAUCACUUAUGGAAAUGGAAGGCAAAGAGGACGCCCAGAAAGUGCUGAAGUGCAUGUACUGUGGCCAUUCUUUUGAAUCCUUGCAGGACUUGAGUGUCCAUAUGAUCAAAACAAAGCAUUACCAGAAAGUGCCUCUGAAGGAGCCAGUACCAGCCAUCACCAAACUGGUGCCUUCUACCAAAAAGCGAGCACUUCAGGACUUAGCUUCACCUUGCUCACCUGAGCCAACAAUUGUCACUUCGGAGUCCACACUUAGUGAGGCUGCAAAGGAUCAGAAAACUGCCAACCCGUAUGUGACUCCAAACAACCGCUAUGGCUAUCAAAAUGGUGCUAGCUACACUUGGCAGUUUGAGGCCCGCAAAGCCCAGAUACUAAAGUGCAUGGAAUGUGGCAGUUCUCAUGACACUUUGCAGCAGCUGACUGCUCACAUGAUGGUCACAGGACAUUUUUUGAAAGUCACUAAUUCUGCCUCCAAAAAAGGAAAACAGCUUGUACUAGAUCCUGUAGUAGAAGAAAAGAUACAGUCUAUACCUUUACCACCCACCACCCACACAAGAUUACCAAUUGCAAAUGUUAAAAAGCAGCCUGAUUCCCCUGCUGGAUCUACAACAUCUGAAGAAAAGAAGGAGCCAGAAAAGGAAAAAGUAGUUGUUGCUGAAACAGAGAGAAAAAUUAAAGAAGAGAAUGAGGAUUCUGCAGAAAAAUUUGAAGCAACAACUGUGUAUCAGUACCUCAGAGAGGAAGAUCUAGAUGAAAGUCCUAAAGGUGGGAUAGAUAUCUUGAAGUCUCUGGAAAAUACAGUGACAACAGCUAUAAGUAAGGCUCAGAAUGGGGCCCCAUCUUGGGGAGGGUACCCCAGCAUCCACGCAGCGUACCAGCUUCCAGGGACUGUUAAACCCAGCCAGCCAGCUGUACAGAGUGUUCAGAUGCAGCCAUCUUAUGCGAGCAGUGUAAAAUCACUGUCUUCAGAACACAGUGCACUGAUCCAUUCACCAGGUAAUCUAACACCUCCGCCUCACAAAAGCAACGUCUCUGCAAUGGAAGAACUAGUGGAGAAAGUUACAGGCAAAAUCAGUAUCAAAAAAGAAGAAAAAACUGUGGAAAAAGAGAAAUGUUCUCCAGUCAAGCCAUUGUCACCCGCUGCUAAGGAGAACAAAGAUUUCCCUAAAUCUGAGGAACCCAAGCAGCAGCCACAGCCACUGCCGCCAACACCAAAAAAGAGUCCAGAAACAGAGGUUCAGAAAGUCAAAAAGGAUGGUCCAGCAGAUUCCCCUGCACUUAAUGGUACUGAGCCACCUAAAACAAAAGUCACAAAUGGUUGUAAUAACUUGGGUAUCAUCACAGACCAUUCGGCGGAGCCAUCUUUCAUUAACCCCUUAAGCGCUUUACAGUCCAUUAUGAAUACCCAUUUAGGUAAGGUUUCUAAUCCCACAAGUCCUUCUUUGGAUCCAUUGGCCAUGUUGUAUAAAAUUAGCAACAGUAUGUUGGACAAACCCAUUUACCCAACAACUCCGGCCAAGCAAGCUGAUGCUAUUGACAGGUACUAUUAUGAAAACAGUGAUCAGCCUAUUGAUUUAACCAAGUCCAAAAACAAGCCUCUGGUUUCCAGUAUGACUGAUUCUGUCUCAUCUCCUCUAAGGGAAAGUGCCCUCAUGGAUAUUUCUGACAUGGUGAAGAACCUCACAGGGCGUUUGACUCCCAAGUCUUCAACUCCAUCUUCUGUUUCAGAAAAAUCUGAUGCAGAUGGAAGUAGCUUUGAGGAAGCUCUGGAUGAACUGUCCCCAGUACAUAAGAGGAAAGGUAGACAAUCUAACUGGAACCCUCAGCAUCUUCUGAUUCUUCAAGCCCAGUUUGCUUCGAGCUUGAGGGAGACUCCUGAAGGCAAAUACAUUAUGUCGGACCUAGGCCCUCAGGAGCGGGUACAUAUCUCUAAGUUUACUGGUCUUUCCAUGACCACAAUUAGCCACUGGCUGGCCAAUGUGAAAUAUCAGUUAAGAAGGACAGGUGGAACUAAGUUUUUAAAGAAUUUGGAUACAGGUCAUCCUGUUUUCUUUUGCAAUGAUUGUGCCUCUCAAUUCAGGACUGCUUCUACAUACAUAAGUCACUUGGAGACACAUUUAGGGUUUAGUUUAAAGGACCUGUCCAAAUUGCCACUAAAUCAGAUUCAAGAACAGCAGAAUGUUUCAAAAGUCCUCUCAAAUAAGACUUUAGGCACACUUGGAAUUGCUGAGGAGGACUCAGGUUCAACAUUCCAGUGUAAGCUGUGUAACCGAACUUUUGCAAGCAAGCACGCAGUAAAACUGCACCUUAGUAAAACACAUGGCAAGUCUCCCGAGGACCAUCUGAUUUAUGUAACUGAGUUAGAAAAACAUUAGUGUCCAGGUAAGCAGCCAGGUAUGCAAGUGACCACAGGAACAUUGCACUAAACUUCUUCAUAGUACUGCACUAGGCCUGACCUGAGCCUCUGAAAUCAGUCUUACUUUUGUUGCUGAACUGCCUAUCUGGACCUUGGUUUUUCUUACAUACAUUUUGUAGUUAUAUUUAUAUGCUCUUUGUCUGAUCUGUGCAUGUUUUUUUAAACCCUCUUUUCUUUUCUUUCCUUUUUCUGUGAGUCAAAGUCUGACCUUUAUUUUCAACAUCUGUCCUUGAUGUUAACCUAUCUUUUGUAGAAUAUAGUGGGAGACACUAUUGAGAGACGUUAAUUUAGCCGUAAAGAAAGGCACAAAGAACAAUAACAAAAAGACAUCCUAAAAUUACAAAGUUGCCAUGACAAUAAAGGUCACAGAACCCCGUAGUGUCAGUUUUUAACCCUCUGAGGACUGUAAUAGCAUCCUGUGCCUUUCCCAAAAGAAGAUUUUAAAGGCAUUUUAUCCUAAUAGAGCUGUGUCAAAAGCAAAAUAUACAUGUAAUAAUUUUUAAAAUGUCAUAAUAGACUUUAAAACGCAAUCUUACUGUUAAGAAUAGGUCUAUGCAGAUCUAGAAUGAUGAUGAAAAUCUAUCAAGUGCUCAAGGGGUUAGAAAACCACAACUACAUUAAAAAAAAUAGAAAUAAUAACCCAUAUUGCCACAAUGCCCAAAUGCUCAGAUGCUGAAAAUUGCCACGUGGUUGGCAAAAAAGUAUGCAAGUUAUUUAAAAAAUGUAAAAAUACAAUUUCUUUUUCCUGUAAAAUAUUGCAGUUUAUAAUUAUUUACAAAUGUAAGCUUUGGUACAAGCUGGCCUUUCUAUAGUGUGCUGCACUGGUACAAGAAAAUGAAACAAAUGAAAAAUGAGGCAAGUGUUGGAUUCAGUUCCUUGUAAAUUGCCAGCAUCAGCAUAGAAAAAAAAAGUCCAUGUUACAUAUCGUACCAUUUUAAACUGUUCAACUUCCUUUCUACCUUCUGGCUGUAUGCUUUCUCUUUUAACUUUUUAUAUUGUCAUUUUAUAUUCAAUUUCUGUGUAUAUAAUGUAAAACCACACUUUUUUGAAUAAAAUUUAGUUCCUGCAGCUUGAGUUAAAUAGAGAAAUUUUACUGGCACCUGCAUCUUCCCAGAUGCAUGUACUCAAAGGAACUAUCUGACAAAAUAAAUAAAUAAAAAUAAAGCAAGCAAUGCACUAUGAAUUAUACAUUUUGAUGUUUUAUCAUUAAUAUUGUACAGUACAUUUUUUUGGUCGACACAAUUAAAUCCACUGUUUUCUCAAGUGUAAAAUAAACCCACAAGAAGUUCUUGAUUUA